AUGUCGAAACGAGUGGAAGGAGAAGCGCAAGGCGAUGAAGCCUCUCUCGCGAAGCUGUUCAAAGACCUGAAUCGGGGACCCCGACAUGCACAGGUCGUCAAGCUUGAGAAAUCAGACAUCGAGCCAAAGGAUGGCGAAACUUCCUUUGUCGUGAAUAGGAGCUAG